AUGGAAUAUAAUAAUUAUCAACAACAACAACAACCACAUCAACCUGGAGAGAAUAUAAAUCAUCCUGGAACGGCUCAUUCAGCGGCAACUACGACAAAUGUUAAUUCAACUACAACGGCGAAUGUAACACAAGCUCAACAACAAGCUCAAGCUCAAGAACAUGCAAAACAAGAAGAACAACAAAGACAACAACAACAACAUCAACAUCAACAACAAGUUCCUAAAAAUGCUGCAGAUGAAGCUAUUCAACGAUCUUUAUUACCUCAAAGAUCAACUAUAAGUAAAGGUAAAUAUUCAUUAAAUGAUUUUUCAAUAAUGAGAACUUUAGGAACUGGUUCUUUUGGUAGAGUUCAUUUAGUAAGAUCAGUACAUAAUGGUAGAUAUUAUGCUAUAAAAGUUUUAAAAAAGCAUCAAGUUGUUAAAAUGAAACAAGUUGAACAUACAAAUGAUGAAAGAAAAAUGUUAAAAUUAAUUGAACAUCCAUUUUUAAUUAGAAUGUGGGGUACAUUUCAAGAUUCUAGAAAUUUAUUUAUGGUAAUGGAUUAUAUUGAAGGAGGAGAAUUAUUUUCUUUAUUAAGAAAAUCUCAAAGAUUUCCUAAUCCUGUAGCAAAAUUCUAUGCAGCUGAAGUUACUUUAGCUUUAGAAUAUUUACACAGUCAUGAUAUAAUAUAUAGAGAUUUAAAACCUGAAAAUAUUUUAUUGGAUAGAAAUGGACAUAUUAAAAUUACAGAUUUUGGAUUUGCUAAAGAAGUAAAUACUGUUACUUGGACUUUAUGUGGUACUCCAGAUUAUAUUGCUCCAGAAGUAAUAACAACAAAACCUUAUAAUAAAUCAGUUGAUUGGUGGAGUUUAGGUGUUUUAAUAUUUGAGAUGUUAGCAGGUUAUACUCCAUUUUAUGAUUCAACUCCAAUGAAAACUUAUGAAAAAAUAUUAGCUGGAAAAAUUCAUUUUCCAAGUUUUUUUCAACCUGAUGAAAUUGAUUUAUUAUCAAAAUUAAUAACGGCAGAUUUAACAAGAAGAUUAGGAAAUUUAAUAAAUGGACCAGCAGAUAUAAGAAAUCAUCCAUGGUUUCAAGAAGUAGUAUGGGAGAAAUUGUUAGCAAAAGAUAUUGAAACUCCAUAUGAACCACCAAUUACUGCUGGAGUUGGUGACUCAUCUUUAUUUGAUCAUUAUCCAGAAGAACAGCUUGAUUAUGGUAUACAAUGUGAUGAUCCAUAUGGACAAUAUUUCCAAGAUUUUUAA